AGAGAAAGAAGCAAUCUUUGUUGAAGUACUUGGAUGAUCUGGAGGGAAAAUGUCUGUAAAUUAUGCUGAAGGUCUUUCACCGUACGACCACAAAGGGAAAUGUGGUCUUCCUGAGAAAUUUGAUGAGCCAGAGGUUGUUGCUGAGAAGGUGAAGAAACUUGCAGAUUUAGUGAAGAGGAGUCGUCACAUGGUGGUGCACAGUGGGGCGGGCAUCAGCACUGCAGCUGGCAUUCCAGAUUUUAGGGGACCUAAAGGGGUAUGGACCCUGGAGAAGCAGGGCAAGAAGCCAGAGGCGAAUGUGACCUUUGACACAGCCAAGCCCACCGCUACCCACAUGGCGUUGGUUGAGUUGGAGAGGAGAGGGAAGCUGCAGUAUCUUAUCAGUCAGAACAUCGAUGGGCUUCACUUAAGAUCUGGCUUUCCAAAGGACAGACUGGCUGAACUGCAUGGAAACAUGUUUGUGGAGCAGUGCCACAGAUGCAGAAGGCAAACUAUAAGAGCCAUGCCAGUUCCAACAUUGGGUCUGAAACCAACAGGGAAUCGAUGCAGUGACAAGCCAGGAAGAGGAACAUGCAGAGGAAAGCUGCAUGACACAAUACUUGACUGGGAAGAUGCUUUGCCUGAAACAGAUCUUACACAAGCCGAAGAACAUUUACGGAAGAGUGACCUGUCAAUAUGCCUAGGAACCUCUCUGCAGAUUAUACCGAGUGGGACCUUACCUAAACUGACCAAGAAGAAUGGAGGGUCACUGGUCAUUGUCAAUUUACAGCCGACCAAACUGGAUAAGCAAGCUGAUAUGAGGAUCAAUUGCUACGUUGAUGACGUCAUGACCCAGUUGAUGGAGCAGCUUGGUUACCCGAUACCAGAGUACACCGGACCCUCGCUGGUCCUCGAGUCACAGCAGGGACUAUCCACCAAGAACAUCAAAGACAUCAUCCACGUAGCAGACUCAAAGGGAAACUGCAAGGUUGAUAGUGAAUGUGUAGACGAUAGGCGGAAGGUAGCAGUGAAAGAUGAAGUAAAGGAGGAAUCUAUGAAUGAUGGACAGAAGGUGGAAUUAAAAGAUGAAUCGAAGGAGGAGGUUCAGAAGAAGAGAGUUUCAGAGGACUUAGAAGUUCCCCCUGAGGUGAAAAGUGAAGCACAUCUAGAUUCUCAUGAAACUCCCCAGGAAAAGUCAGAGCAAAGCUGUAAGAGGUUAUGCCUAGAUACCAGUGAAGUGAUUCAAGAUGGCGUUGCCAAGGAAACAGAGAUGCAGGAUGCAUCAGACAAUUCUUUCAGGACAUGCAAGCAUGAGAAUGACAACAUGAGGGAAUCAGUAGACAUUCAAGAGACAUCAGGUGUAUUGGAUUCUGAUCGCAAACGGACAUUUGAAAAUACAUGUUCCAUAAAACAAGAGAUUCAUGUGAAAAACAGAUCGACUGAUACAACAAAUAUUAAGCCUGGUUGUCCUGACAACUGGUCGGAUUCAAAGAGGAAAGUUGAUGAAGAGAGUGUUGAGAAUAUUACCUCAGGAGCAGUGAAGAGGGAUGCAGAAGGAAACAUCAAAGUUUGCUGAACUCUUACCUGUAGCUUAAUUUUUUAUUCACUAAUUUGUUGGUUGAUACGUUGCCUAAGCUAUUUAUUAUGUAACAUCAAUUUUUCAUAUAAAUGUAGAUCGCAUAUUAAAGUUCAUGUACUGCACCCUCAA